CCGGGCUCCCGGCCCCUCAGCGCCUCGCCCAGCCCCUGCCGCUUGCCGGAAGCCCCUCCCGGGUGCGGGGCGGGGCGGGCCGCAGCGGGGAGCUCGCCCGGCCGAGACGCGGGGGGACGAGGCCGCGCGCUGCCGCCGGGCUCAGCGCCCCGCAGCCCAGGACCUAUGAAGCACCAGGUGUCCAUCAUGUCCGACUGGGUGCUCCUCGGGCUGAUUGCGGUGCUGGUCGUGCUGCUGCUGCUGACCGUCUUCGGCUUCGCUGUCUACUCGGGGCUCUUCACAGAGGUGGUGGUGAGCGCCGGCUCGCCGCCCAUCGGCAGCAUCACGCUGGCCUACAAGUUCAGAGUGGGUCCCUAUGGUGAAUCGGGGCAGCUCUUCACAGACGGCUGCAGCAUCUCGUCGAAGCUCUGCUCCAUCGGUGUCUACUACGACAAUCCACACACGGUCUCCCCAGAGAAGUGUCGCUUUGCCAUCGGCCGAAUCCUGAGCGAGGGAGAUGCGAAGCCGACGGAGGAGCAGAUCCGGCAGUUCCAGAAGUACGGCUUCAAGAUCUUCUCCUUCCCCACUCCCAGCCACGUGGUCAUGGCGAGUUUCCCGUUCACCACGCCGCUGUCCAUCCAUCUCGCCGUCAACCGCGUCCACCCCGCCCUCGACACCUACAUCAAGGAGAGGAAGCUGUGCGCCCACCCCCGGCUCGAGAUCUACAAGGAAGACCGCAUCUAUUUUGUGUGUCCCCUUGCCCGCCAAGGGGACUUCUACGUGCCCGAGAUGAAGGAGCUGGAGAGGAAGAGCAGGGCAGUGGCGGCUGAGGCCGAAGACGCGCAGACAGACAUCACAGGUACCGUGGCUCGUGUCCUCCUGUGGCCGGCAGCAGCCCACCUGAAGGGCUUGGCAACCCUCUUCCCAUCACCUGGACUGCCGUGGCAGAGCUUAACCCACCCUGGGGGGACACGCCGUGCCUUGGCGGGCACGCGGUGCCACCCGUGGCAGGGGUCAGAGCUGCUCUCAGUGCAACCGUGGGGCCGGCACCAGUCCGCAGUUGUGAAAGCAGAGCUGGGUGCCGAAGCUUUCGGUUGCAGCUGGGCUUGUUUUUCUCCCUGUCACAUACAUCUUUCUUGAGCUCAUCUUCAUCUGUUACAUGUUGGGAUUGCGAAGAACUUAAAUACCAGGUUUCUCUAGCUGGUGGCGGAGUUGCCCGCUAGCAUCUGCUUGGAGAGAUCUGUUGGAGCCUGAGUGUAUUUAUCCAGGAAGGGACCACAAUCGCUGUGGGCGCGGAACAGCAGUGCUAUAGUAACCCGAAAUGCUAGCUGCCGCGCUCGGCCCACGUGCUCACAUGGCUGCGAGAUGCGGAGCCGUGCGAUGGGCGGGUGGGGAGGGCUCCUGCCCUCGGCGGGGCCCCCACCCGUGCCUAACGGGCAUGAAAAAAACAUGACCGGAGCACGCCUCGCUACCUCGGGGGCGGUUUGGUAAUUUUUUUUACACGUCUUCGGUUUUGGAUCACUUAAAUUCUUAAUCGCGCUCGCCGUAAAAGCAAGCCUGGGAAUUGCUUUCCGAGAGCUCUGUCCAUUUAGCACUGAAAUUAAGAGCCUAAUUGGAGUGGCUUCCCAGCGCUUCGAGUCCUGGUAUUUUCAGGGCACUCUCCCUGCUCUCCGCUGUUUCAUCUGCGGUGUGGCUGCGGUGACUGCUCUGCGCCACAGCCCAGCUUUGCCACAUCCCCAAACGUGCCACGUCCUCCCGGCACCUGCCCGCAGCCCUGUGCCGGGCUGGCUGUGUGCUGGGGUCACGGCUGCACGUGUGCCAACACGUCCCGGUGCACAGCGCCGUGCCGAGCCCUUGGCUGGCUCCCUAGGCAGCACCGAACCCACAGGUGCCCCUCGGGGUUUGCAGCCCCCUCUCCGCACACCCUCAACAGAACCGAUGUGUCCCAAAGCUCCUUGAGGUGUGUGGCUCCUGCAGGGCUAGCCUCUGAGAUGUGGGCCUGGAGCAACCCUGCUCGUGGGUUUGGGGGAGCUGGGAGAAUCUGGGGAUUUUCGGUGCCUCCCGGUGCUGCCUGGCGCUGCUGGAUCCACGUGGCUGCUCCGGGGCUGGAGCAGUCCUGCAGCACAGGCUCUGCUGCUUGCCCUCGCCUUUUGGCCGGUGCCAUUCUGCAGUGAGCGACUUGCACGUGCAAGAAAAGCUUCGGUUCGUUUUCUUGGACGUGCACGGCCUGGCCUUGGAGUCAGGGAAGGUGAAUCUCCGACGCCUCGCCCUUCUUCACCUUUGGGCUCAUCCUGCAGAGUGCCGGCUGCCUCUGGCUUGGGGCAAAAGCAGCGACUGUUCACGCACGUGGGGAAGGAGCCGGGCAGCACGGCCGCCUCUGCGGUGGCUCUGUCCCUUCUUUGCCAUCAUCAGGGUCAUCAGAAAGACGGGAAGCAUUUUUUGAUGGCAGCUGAUGGCUCUCCAGGGGCCAGUGUCAAUCACGAUUAGUUGUCUUCUACUUAAUUAUUUUCUGAGGCUUUAGCGCCGGGGUUGUGCUCUCCAGCACGGCCCCGCCACGGUGUGUGGACGGGGAGGCAAACAAGAGCAGCCUCUUGCCAGCGGCCUCCUGGCACAGGCAGCAGCAGUUUUGCAGCACGUGGCCUUGGCUGGGGUCUCAGGGCUGCUUUUCCCACCCCAAGCCUGGCCUGAGCCCGCUCUGGAGAGGAAUUCCUCCAGCCUGGGCCGUGUGUGCUGGUCCCCAAGCUGAGGAAGCCUCCCCUGCACGAUGCCUCACACCCCAGGGGAUGCUGUCCCUGCUCAGCCCCAGGGAUCCACCCGAGGACACCGUGGCCUGAGGUCUCCUGCCCCUUCCCUACCCGUGAGGGUUCCUGUCCUUGCCCCGCGUGCCGGGGCCGUCCCCAUCCUGCGCGGAGGGGCAACGGGCGGGUGUGCCAGCUGAGGCGACUCCAACAUGAUCAGAAGUGACAGAACGGGGAAAAAAAAGUGCCUGGCCGAAGGGAAGCGUGGCUAUUUAUUGUAGCCCUCGGAGCGGGGCUGGGACGAGGCUGCUGGGGGCAAGGGCAGAUGUCUUCUGCGGUGCGGGCUCGUAGCAGAGUGCCGGCAGCUCCAGGUCGCCUUUAUCCAUCUCCAGCAUCCCGAGCCAGUGCCCGUCUCCUGGCACGGUGUGGUGGCUGCCUGUACACAACAGCCCCCAGCCAAAACUGCCCCCCUUGGUGCAGGACGGGUGUUUUAGGAGGGACGUGGGGUGGACUCAGUGCAGCCGGAGCCCUCUUUCUCCCUCACCCUUUUCCUGU